AUGAUGGCGAACUCGAAUCGGUUCUCCUCGUACACCAGUACCUCUGUUGGCACCGGCUCGGAGGGCAAGAAGGAUGACCAGAAGAAAGACAUGUGGAGCUCCAUGCUCGACUCUGUCGCCAGCGGCAAGAGAUUACCAGAGAAGAACAUGCUGGUCUUAGGGGGUUCAACCAACUCACAACGAGACUUCCUCGAAGCACUAUCGAACAACGAUCAGCGCAGAAACAUAGACCGAUCGAAGGACAAGAUGCCACCCAUAGCGAAUAGUUUUGCACUUGGAUAUACAUAUUAUGACGUUUUGGACGCGGAUCAGGAGGACAUCUUGGCCCGAAUCUCCCUCUACCUCCUCAGCAGCCCGGCACCGUCCUUCACCUCGCUUGUCAAGCCUCUCUUGACCCCCCAAUCGAUACCAAACACACUAAUAGUAAUAUUACUCGACUGGUCACAACCCUGGCUUUGGAUGCGCCAGCUACGAGAGUGGCUCCUGUUAUUGCGCACUGUACUCGUGUCACUGAGCCCUGAAUGCGAGGAGACCAUGAAAGAAUCUAUGAUCGCCUGGCGCGACCGAGGGCGGACUGGUGGGUCUGUCAACCUCGACGGCACGGGCGCAGUCGCUGCUGAGGGAGAUGUUGCGUUACCCCUUGGACCCGGAGAAUGGGAUGGCGCUCUAGGACUACCUCUGUGUGUAGUCUGCCAAAACUCCGAGAAAAUCGACUACCUGGAGAAAUCGCAAAGUUGGAAAGAGGAGCAGUUCGACCUUGUCCUUCAGUAUUUGAGGACCGUCCUACUGAAGCAUGGUGCUUCUCUUAUUUACACAGGGCCGUCCAUGACCUCUCCGCUCCAGACUCUUGUCCAUGCGAGUUUAGGUAUACAUUCGCUACUAAAACGGUCACCCCUGAAGCACAAUGUCAUUGACAGAGACAAGAUCGUUGUCCCUCCGAAUUGGGAUUCUUGGGGCAAGAUCAGAGUACUACGUGACGGGUUUGAUGUCGAAAGUGUCAGCGAAGGAUGGUCGAUCGACCUCGAGCAGCCCUUCCCUAUGGUCAAGGCCAACGGGGCGAACGGUACUGAGGCCGAUCACGAAGUGAUAGAUGACACAAACGGCACAGAUGAGCCGGAAGGCUCUGCUGUUGCCAUGUAUGAGGAGCAAGUCCAAGAUUCUAGCCUGGAUGCGCUGCAGCUGGCACAGGGAAACAAAGACACGAGCAAGUUGGAGGUUGCAUCAAUCAACACACAAGCUUUCCUCGUCAACCAGCUUGAACGGCUAGAGCAGCAGAAGAAGGUGGAGGACAAGACUGGCAAAGAGAGUACAUUUGCACAGGGUGCGACAGACGACAUGAUCAGUGAUCACAUUGGUCCAGUGCAGUUCAAUAUGGGCGGCAUUCAGGUUGAUGCCGACGACAUGGUCCAGCGGCUUAAGGAGCGCCAGGCCUAUGGACAGUCACCUGAACUGCAUGCUAUGGACGAUGAGUCUCAACUCGAAGAUCCAGCACCACAAGUGGACACUGAUACCCUUGCCAAAUUCUUUGGCAAUCUCAUGAACCGCAAACCUGCCGCUGGCGGAAACGGCACCAAGACAUGA